UCUGAUUGGCUAAAAUUAGAUAAUUAAACAACUUCUUGGUCAGUACAGAAACCCAAGUGGUAGAUAUAUAAGACAGGACAUUGUAGCAGGGUGCAACAGAUUCAUAAGUUGUUCUAAAGCUUGAAGUACCUCAACUCAUUCCAUCUUCGUCCACGAAAACAACCAAUCACGGGACCAUGGUUAUGAUGAAGCUCUCUGCCCUCCUCAUGACCUAUUUCCUGGUCACUUGUCAGAUGUACAGUUCACAUGCAGCUCCAGCCAGAACUGGUUUAGAGUCCAUGACAGACCAAGUCACGCUAACUGACUAUGAAGCCCGAAGGCUACUCAACGCCAUCGUCAAGGAGUUUGUUCAAAUGACUUCAGAGGAACUGGAGCAACAAGCCAAUGAAGGAAAUAGCCUGGAUAGACCCAUGUCCAAGCGUUGCUCCAACCUCAGCACCUGUGUGCUGGGCAAACUGUCACAAGAGCUGCACAAAUUGCAGACGUACCCCCGCACCAACACGGGAAGUGGCACGCCUGGCAAGAAACGCAGCUUGCCUGAGAGCAACCGCUAUGCAAGCUAUGGAGACUCAUAUGAUGGAAUCUGAGCGGUCCUCCCCUCCAUCAGCCCUAGUUAACCUGACCCCUCUGUUCCAGCCUAGCCUGAUGAUUGCUGAUGCAUGUGAAUCUUGCUUGACCGACUGCAGAGAAACCUUGAUGUCCCGCAAUGUCCCUGCUCUCUUUUUCUUUUGUUAAAAUCCCCUUUUUUGACAGAGAAUAAAAUAUAUAAGUACAAACCAGAGUCCAAUCCUUUAGAUUUAUAAAGUGAAUAAUGGUUUAGAUUCACUUCCCUAUCUUAAGGUGUAUGAUAUCCCUUUACUAUACAGAUCAUUCACAAUAUUUAAAAGUUUUAAUCAAAACAAACAUCUUAAUCAAUGCUUCUUUCAACCGUGACUUGGGUUCUUGUUUAAUAAACAUAUUUUUUUAUGCCAGAACAUAUUUUCCUUCUUAAUUAUUCAAGUGAAACAAAGCCUUUUAACAUCUUUAAUAGUUCACAACAGUGUGAACAAUAUAAGCCACAGUUUAUUUGCUAUGUAAACGUAAAUUCACAAUACAUUUGAGGUAAGUUGAAUAACUAAUUGUUUAGAUCUCUGAAUGUCUUUAUUUUCAAUUUCAUGAUAUAUAUUAUACAUUUUCUCCAGCAAACAGUAAUUUAUUACCUUUGUUCUUUUUAUUGUAAUUCAUACAUUUUGUACCUUUGUAAUAAAUCCUGAAUUUAGGAGAGGUUUGUAUGACCAGUCCUU